AUGGCAGCAAACACCCCGACAAUCCUCCUCUUAGGAACAUGUGAUACCAAACUCCCAGAACUUCUAUACACCAAAGCCCAAAUCGAAUCCACCAACGCCACAGUCCUCCUAAUGGACAUUAGCCGCAACCCAACCACCCACAAAGAAAUCGCCAUCCCACAAAGCGCCCUAAUUAACGCCCCACUCUCCCCCACAACCCCAAUCCCGGAUCUAACAACUCUCCCCCGGGCCGAGUACAUAACCACCCUCACACCCUACGCCACAAAAAGAGUAACCCAACUCCACAAGUCCCACCAAAUCCACGGCAUCCUCGCCAUCGGCGGGUCAUGCGGGACAUCACUCGCAGCCGCAGUGAUGCGAGACGCACUACCAGUCGGAUUCCCGAAACUGAUCGUCUCAACCAUGGCGGCUGGAGAUGUGGGUCCGUAUAUCGGCGAAACGGACAUCAGCAUGAUGUACAGCGUUGUUGAUAUCGCGGGCCGGAACCGUGUUUUGGAGGGUGUUCUUGACAAUGCUGCUGGGGGCAUUGCCGGGAUGGCGAAUGCGUUUUUGAAACGGGAGCGAGGUCAGAAGGAGGUAGAUGUAUCUUCCGGUGUGAAGAUUGGUAUAUCCAUGUUUGGAGUUACGACGCCUGGUGUGACCCGCGCGCGGGAGCGUCUUGAGGAGGUCCUGCCUGGUUGUGAGGUUUAUGUUUUUCAUGCUACGGGGUCUGGAGGGAGGGCUUUGGAAAGGCUUGUGAGGGAGGGGCAGAUUGAUGCGGUCCUUGAUUUGACGACUACGGAGAUUGCGGAUGAGGUUGUCGGUGGGGUUCUUAGUGCUGGUGCUGGACGGUUGACUGCGGCUACAGUGCGGGAUAUUCCGAGGGUUGUGAGUGUUGGAGCGUGUGAUAUGGUUAAUUUUGGGGAGGUUGGGAGUGUUCCUGCUGCUUUUCGAGAGGCGGGGCGGCUGUUCUAUGAGCAUAAUGCGACUGUUACGCUUAUGCGGACCACCAAGAAGGAAUGUGUGGAUAUUGGGAAGUUUAUAGCAGCGAAUUUGUCGCGGGAGUCCAGGGAUAAAGGGCAAUUGAGCCGGACGAAGGUGAUUCUGCCUGUUGGUGGGGUGAGCAUGUUGGAUGUUCCUGGUCAGGCAUUCCAGGAUCCGGAGGCAGAUGAGGUAUUGUUUUCUACUUUGGAGAGGGAAUUGGAGGGCAGUGGGAUCUCCAUCGUGCGAGAUUCGCGUGACAUCAAUGAUCCCAGCUUUGCAGUGGCGGUAGCAGAUGAACUGGUCAAAUUGAUCCACGGGGAAUAA